AUGUUUGCGUCCGAGCUUGCCUAUAGCGCAACGCAGGGCGAGUUGUGGGUGGGGAGCCACAUUCUUCACCUCGAUGCAUCCCAUGGAGAACAAUCCGUGAUAGCGUGUGGUGCAGCAGCUCUUUUUGCCAAGCUCUCUGCCGUGUCUCCAGAGAUUAACGUACAACAUGUCUUCUUGUGGCAAACCUCCACACGCAGCGAGAUGGAGUACAACUUGGAGCACGUGAAGGCCAAGAUGGCAAUGUUGGCAGGGACUGCAGCUGAUGAGCACCAUGAGCAGUUUGCCGGCAUUGAAGUGCUGGCGAAACAGAUUGCAACAGCCAGAGGUUUAGUGGUAUCUGCUCCCAUGUGGAACUUCGCGGUGCCGUAUGUUGUGAAGCAGUACUUUGACUGCGUGUUGCAUCCAGGAUUGACAUUCAGGGAAAGUACUUCUGGACCCGUUGGCCUGCUUGGUGGUGGGCGGCCUUUGGUGGUGCUGACGUCAUCGGGUGGCGCUGCAACGAAAGAUUAUUUAACGCCCUGGUUGUUGGAUGUUGGGGCCAUGGCUGGAUUCGACAGACCCAAAGUGGUCUCAGCUGCCAGUCUCGUGAGUAGAGACCGGGAGACGGUCAAGGAGGCUUUCCGGCAACAGGCAGAAGCAGCUGCCGCGCACCUUUCCCUCUGUCAGUUUGACAGGUCUGCUUACAAACCAGAGAGCCAUGAGCUCUCAGCGUCCUGUGGCCACGAGGAGCUUCGGAGCUGGUUGGAGAGCUCAGGUGGUUUGAGCUUAGACUGCCUGGACUGCCUGGAAGCUGCACAUGUCAACGGCGAGCUGUUUCUUGCUGCCGGUGACGCUGACUGGCGUGAUGAGGAGCUGGGUCUUGAAGAGGCUGACAUCGCUCGACUACAAGAGCUGCAAAAGCUCUUCCUGGAACUGGUGCGUCAACAUGAUGAGUGA